UGUUUUGAAUAUAAAUGUGCUUAAAUGUUAAUCCAUGAGGGCUUUGUUUAACAGAUUACCAUUGAUUCUUCUACUGUAGAAUGUAUUUACAUAGACCUUGGACACUUUGGAUAUAACAUAAUAUAUUUCUUAUAGAGAUAUAUGACUGAUUUAUGAAUAUUCUAAUUAAUGUUUUAACUAAUAAAGUGAUUCCUUAUAUAGUAGGGUGCAAUAUCACAUGCGAUAUAUGAAAUAAACAGAUAUUUUAAGAGUUAUUGUAAGAGUUUCUAUAGGUAGUUUUUAUUGUAGUAUGACAGAUCAGAUGUAAUUAUGAGAGAAUUAGGUAAGUUGUCUUCUGUACUCUUUUUUGUGGUCAUCCAUAAUGAAUGUAAGCAUAUGCAGGCUUUCAAUUUUUUGUGUUUGGUAUUUGCUUUAUCAUAUGCUGAAUGUAAAAUAGAACAGAAGUUAUUUGUUUAUUUGUUUGUUUGUCUGUUUUUUUUAUGAGAAAAUUAACAGGAAAUGUAUCUUCAUCAUUUUUCUUUAUUUUAAUUUUAGUUUUUUAAUUUGUGAUUUUUAAUGUGUAAUAUAUGUUGUGUAUUCAAUCAAUGGAUUUAUGUUCUUUCUUUUCUUUCAUGUGGUUAGAAUUAUUAUUAUUGUUUGUGUAUAUUAUGAGUUUCUUAUCAGUUUACACACAAUUUUAAUAGGCCUGGGAGGUUGCAAUAAUUACUAAAGGUAAUAUGAUGAAAGUGAAUAAUGGAAUUGAUCAACACUGUUGUGAUAUAUUUAUUUAAAAAAAACAUAUUUGUUUCUCAAAGGGAAAACUUUUGAAUUUUAGUAAUUAUUUCAGGAAUUAUAUUAUUAUUAUUAUAGUAGUAAAGUCAUAACAUGCAUAUUACUGUAAUGCAAAAAAAAAAAGGAUUCUUAAUUUGGUUAGUCAACUGAUAUCUGUGUAUGAUAUUAGUUUAAUGACUUUUUCAUUGGGUUUCUAAAUUCAGGCCUUGUAGACAUGUUUGAACUGAGAAUUUUCCUGAAUAAGGUGCAUUGUUGCCUAAUAGCUGCGCUGCAAUACUGACGAUUUUCAAUGUCUGUAUUUUUAAAUUUGGAUUAGUUGUCAGAACAUCAGUUCCAAUAUUUAAGUCCAUGUCUUGUCAUCCUACCGUUUAAUUGCUAGUGCACCAUCAUUCUGAUACCUUUUUGGUAAUAAAACCUCCUUACAUUUUAACCAGCGUGUGUAGUCUUAUAUAAGGAGUGAAAGGAAUCUGGAGUUUGAUCCCUUGGUCAUAGUGGAAGAUUCUAGACACUAGUGACAAUAUUACAAACAGCUGAAUGGUGAGAGAUUCGGACUGUAGUGCUAUGAAGCUGUAGCUCCAUAAUCCAAAAGGAAAACGCGUUCUCGUGGGAAAUACACUUUGACCUCAUGGCUAGUACUGUGAUCCCCAAUGUCUCCCCUACACCCAUGGAAGGGGUUUCAAACCAACAAAACACUCUCUCUGCAGCUGAUAUAGCAGUGCUUGUUGUGUAUUUCAUAUUGAUCCUGGCAGUAGGACUAUGGUCUAUGUGGAAAACCAAGAGAAGCACAGUGAGUGGAUAUUUCCUAGCAGGCAAAAACAUGACCUGGUGGCCGGUGGGCACAUCUUUGUUUGCUAGUAAUGUGGGCAGCGGUCACUUCAUUGGUCUGGCUGGAUCAGCAGCUGCAAGUGGCAUUGCCCCAAUUGCAUAUGAGUGGAAUGGUAUGCUGGUGGUUCUGCUCCUAGCCUGGCUCUUCCUGCCCAUCUACAUAGCUUCUGGGGUGACAACUAUGCCGGAAUAUCUUCAGAAGAGAUUUGGAGGCAAAAGGAUACAGAUAUUUAUUGCUAUUUUGUCAUUAUUUAUUUACAUCUUCACAAAAAUAUCGGUGGAUAUGUAUGCUGGGGCUGUGUUCAUUCAGCAGGCUCUGGGCUGGAAUAUUUACCUUGCUGUCAUUGUUCUCCUCGUUAUUACUGCUCUCUAUACAGUAGCAGGUGGCCUAGCAGCCGUCAUCUACACUGAUGCAGCUCAGACUGUCAUCAUGCUGAUCGGGGCCCUGACACUUAUGGGUUUCAGUUUUGUGGAGGUUGGGGGCUUGCAGGCCAUUUUUGUUGGCUACAGCAAUGCCAUUCCUUCCAUUAAAGUUCCAAACACCACCUGCGGGAUCCCUCGCGAGGAUGCCUUCCACAUUUUCCGGGAUCCUGUGACCUCUGACCUUCCCUGGCCUGGGGUGCUCCUGGGAAUGACGGUCCCCUCCAUAUGGUACUGGUGUUCGGAUCAGGUUAUAGUGCAGCGCUCGCUGGCUUCUAAGAACCUGUUGCAUGCUAAAGGAGGCUCUUUGCUGGCUUCCUACCUUAAGGUCCUGCCCUUCUUCAUGAUGGUGCUGCCAGGCAUGAUCAGCCGAAUCCUCUAUCCAGAUGAGGUUGGCUGUGCAGAUCCUAAAGUGUGUGAACAGGUUUGUGGGAAUUCUGUGGGCUGCUCUGACAUCGCCUACGCCAAACUGGUCAUGGAACUCCUUCCUUCAGGUCUGCGGGGUCUGAUGAUGGCCGUAAUGCUAGCUGCUCUCAUGUCUUCCCUGACCUCCAUUUUUAACAGCUCCAGCACUCUGUUCACCAUGGACUUGUGGAGAUAUUUCCGCCGUGCUGCCUCAGAAUGGGAACUCAUGAUCGUAGGCAGAGUGUUUGUCCUGGUCUUGGUGGUGGUGUCUGUGCUAUGGAUCCCCCUGGUUCAGGCCAGUCAAGGUGGCCAGCUCUUUAUCUACCUCCAGUCUAUCAGCACCUACCUGCAGCCGCCUGUCUCUGUUGUAUUCAUGGCAGGCUGCUUCUGGAGAAGGACAAGCGAGAAGGGGGCAUUCUGGGGUUUGGUGCUGGGGCUGCUGGUUGGCAUUACAAGGAUGAUUCUGGAUUUCAUCUACCCUGAACCACAGUGCUACGAGACAGACACCAGACCUGAAGUGAUCAAAUCCGUUCACUAUCUGUAUUUCUCAAUCAUCGUCUCGCUGCUCACACUUGCUGUGGUGGUGUGUGUCAGCCUGGCCACAGAGAAACCCACAGAAGAACAGAUAAGUCGGCUGACGUGGUUCACAAGGUUUGAUCCUGUGAAGAGCAGUGAGGAAAAUAAAGAAGCUGGAACACUUACUAUCGAUAAUGGCUUACAGCAUGACCAGGAGAAGAAAUUUGCUUCCAUAAUGGCUUUAAAAAAAAAACAAAAACAAAAAAACACUCUCUCAUCAGACUCGAGUACACGCCAUGCUGAGACAUGCUCUAAGCUGAAGUCCACUCUGCUCUGGCUGUGUGGGAUGGAUCAGGAUUCAGAACAGCCCUCUCCACCACCACCUGAGGCUGUCGUGUGCUCCCUCGAGGAAGAGCCCUGUCUGAGGCAUGUGGUAAAUGCCAACCUCAUUGUCUGCCUGUCAGUGGCAGUGUUUCUGUUUGCCUUCUGGGCAUGACAGGCCUUGAGUCUUAAUAUCUCAAGGUUAGGGACACUAGUAAUUCUUGAAAGGUUGGUCAACAUUUUAUGUUUUUUAAGUUAUCAAGUAAUUAAUCAUGUAAAAAUUUAAAC